UGUUCCAGAGUGCGUCGCUCUAGGAUGGAAAGAAGCCAUUCUUUAUGGUGCUGAAGGCUCUGGCGGCACACGGCGAUGUCGUCAUAAGUGCGCGCCGAGAGAGACUGCGCUGAUUUCCAGCGAGUGCGUGGGCUUGCGAGGGUGGAGAAAGUCCCGUGCGAACCAUGGGGGGCCGGCGUGCACUGCACUUCGUGUUCAAAGUCGGCGACCGAGCGCAGACGGCACGCUUCUACCGGGAGCUACUGGGCAUGCGCGUUCUGAGACACGAAGAAUUUGAAGAAGGCUGCAAGGCCACUUGUAAUGGCCCUUAUGACGGCAAAUGGAGUAAGACAAUGGUGGGGUAUGGUCCUGAAGAUGAGCACUUUGUUGCAGAGUUAACCUACAAUUAUGGAAUUGGAGACUACCGUCUUGGCAAUGAUUUCCAGGGGCUGACUGUGGUGUCCAGCCAGGCGGUGAAGAACGCCAAAAAACUGGAGUGGCCACUCAAGGAGAUUUCAGGAGGCACCUAUCGAGUAGAAGCACCGGGAGGCUAUGUCUUUUUCUUGGAAGACAAAGAAUCGCCCAAGCCAGAUCCCGUGCUGAAGGUCACGCUCGCUGUGUCCAGGCUUCAGACCUCCGUCAACUACUGGUCGAAACUGCUGGGCAUGAAGGUGUACGAAACGGAUGAAGGCCUGCAGAAAGCUUUGCUCGGCUACGCGGAUAACCAGUGUAAGCUGGAGCUGCUGGGUCUUGGCCAGGCCGUGGAUCACGGGACCGCCUUUGGGCGCAUUGCCUUCUCCUGCCCGAAGGAAGAGCUGCCGGCGAUCGAAGCCCUGAUGAAGAAGGAGAACCAGAAGAUCUUGACGCCUCUGGUGAGCCUGGACACCCCAGGGAAAGCAACGGUGCAAGUGGUUAUCCUGGCUGACCCCGACGGCCACGAAAUCUGUUUUGUUGGGGACGAAGCCUUCCGAGAGCUUUCCAAGGUGGAUCCAAAUGGUGGGAAACUCUUGGAUAAGGCGAUGGAGGCGGACAAAAGCGCCGAGUGGUACGCGGAGCAUAAGCGGCCCAAGCCUUCUGCGGCGCCUGUCGGGGAGUAGGAAACGAGGAGGGCAGGCGGACCUCCUGGUCUUGUGGAAGAGAAUUGCUGUUGCGGCUUCGGCUGCUUUUCUGUCUCCAAACGGUUAUUGGUUAAAGGAAACUGACGCCAUC